AUGCCUUCUAACUACAAUCUCCAUUCGCAACGCUCCGCUGCAAUCAGCGAGCCAACUAUACCUGGAUCAUUAGCUGAGUCCCCCUUGACUGAUGUUGAAACUUACAAUACCCCAAAACCAUCCCCAACCGAGAGAUCCUUCUCAUCGGUUGGGGAUUCCAUCCUCAGACCUGUGCACUCCUACAGUGACGUGGUACAGACGAGGUCUGAUUCCCUCCAGUUACAGACUGGGAAGGGGUCGGCUAGCGAUGAUAGCACUAUAGUUAGUUCUGAGGAGGGGAGUGAUACUAUUCAUAGUACCCCUGUCAAUAAGAAGCCCGAAUGCAUCACCACAAGCGAUGAGAGCGAUAAUGACGACACACCUUGGAAACAGGUCAAACGUAAACGCGGAAAACCCAGAAGGAAUUCCAAGUUAAAAGAUUUCCCUAGACCCAAUCAGUCAAGGGAUGAGACUCUAGAUGAGGCUGAAAGACAGCUCACCAAUGAUGAAAGACAGUGCAUCCUCAACAGGAAAAACGCUGAGACACGAGCCCAGUCCCACACGCGAUCAAUCUCGCUCGGUGAAGGACCAUCGAAGGGCAAGGGAGUCGACCCAAGGAACUGGGGAGACGCGGGUGUAAGCGAGUCCGAGAUGGACUUUGAUGCCCAAUACCAGGCCCUAAAGGAAUGGGCAGCCGCCCGU